AUGCCUGAUCUUGAGAAGAGUUUGACUGUCGAAUCCAUCGAAGGCCAUUAUUCUCCAACGGAGAAAUCGCCACGUUCUGUUGAGGAUGUCGACAGAGAUGGAUAUGAGUUUGCAGAGGGUGGGUUCCAAGGCUGGCUCACCGUGUUCGGCGCGUUCCUGGCACUGUUCUGUGGGUUCGGGCAGCUGAGCUCGUUUGGGACGUUCCAAUCGUGGUACGCAGAGCAUCAGCUCAGGGGGUUACCCGCGUCGACAAUUUCUUGGAUUGGGACGUUGCAGCUCUUUUUGUUCUUCCUCUCGGGUGGCUUUCUUGGCAGACUUUUUGACGCUUACGGACCACGAAUCAUUAUGAUGGCCGGAACAGUGGCACUUGUGAUCAGCGUGAUGCUCACGAGCAUCUGUACUCGAUAUUAUGAGUAUGUUCUCGCGCAGGGCGUCUUGUUUGGACUCGGCGUUGGCAUGUUAUUUUAUCCAUCACUAUCAGCCGUCUCUACGCACUUCACAAAGCAUCGUGCCACUGCCAUUGGGAUUGCCACGACUGGCUCUGGCGUCGGCGGUGUCGUAUACCCUAUAAUGCUUCAUCAAUUAUUCUUAAGAAUCGGUUUCGCAUGGGCAGUGCGCAUCUCUGGCUUCGUCUCCCUUGCCCUCUGUCUCGCUUCAGUUCUAUUUGUCACGAGUCGCCUACCAGCGGGUGGUGACUCUGGACCGUGGUUCGACACCGCGGUCUUCAGAGACUUGCCUUACAUACUGGUCCUCGUAUCUAGCGUUUUGAUAUCUUUUGGCUUGUUCAUACCCAAUUUCUACAUCGUCAACUACGCCAUCGAGCACUCCGUCGCGCCCGGCACCGCUUUUUAUGUCCUCUCUGUCAUGAACGCUGGCUCGAUCCUCGGACGCACCGUUCCGUCCUACCUGUCCGAUGUAUUUGGGCGGUACAAUCUUAUUAUACCGUGCACGUUCUUUUCAGGGCUCCUCCCACUCGUCUUCUGGGUCUUUGCGACGAAUUUAACGACGAUCAUGACCUUUGCUGCAUUCUACGGCUUCUUCUCCGGAGCGUUCAAUUCGGUCAUCAUCCCAUGCAUUGCACAAAUCUCGAGGAUGGGCCAGCACGGCCGGCGGGUGGGCAUGCUGUACAGCGUCAUCUCUGUCCCUGCGCUAUGCGGAGGUCCUGCGGCGGGUGCGCUGCUGAAGCUACAACAUGGCUCCUACACAGGAAUGAUCAUCCUCAGUGGGACGACUAUUGUUGGCUCGCGUUUGACACUGUCGUGGUGA